AUGGUAGAAGAGGUCAGAGAACAAUGGGUAAUGAAAUUUGAUGGGUCUUGUACCACCCAAUUAGGGGGAGUGAGAGUAGUUCUGUACCAUGAAGAAGAUAAGGCAGUAGCACUAUCAUUCAAACUGGAAUUCCCCUAUUCAAACAACAUGGCAGAAUAUAAAGCCUAUCUAACUAGGUUGGCCAUGGCUCUUGAAAUAGGAGUCAAGCACUUAAAGGUGAUGGGUGAUUCGAACCUGGUGGACUGCCAGGCCAAAGGGAUCUUCUCCCUAAAAGAACCCAGCCUAGCCUCAUACAGUGCAAUGGCCCAAAAGAUGGAGGAGAAAUUUUCAACCUUCAAAAUAAAGCAUGCUCCAAGGAACGAAAACCGAUUCGUAGAUGUGUUGGCCGCACUAGGCUCGCAAAUAAUGUUUGAAGGGGAUAACACCAGGUUAGUGGUCAGCAAGAGGGAAGAAUCCAUUAUUGAAGUGUUAAAGGAAUGA